AUCAAGAGCCAAGAGUGCGGAGCUUGCUGUAAUGUCAGCCUUUGGACACAUAAAUCCAUAAACUGAAGCAAAAAGUGGCUGAAUAUGGAUGGAAAGAAGUGGCUGGCUCAUAUCACACUCUCAGUCCACCGGACACGAUUGUUCAAUACCCAAGAGAAGAAUGACAACAUAUAUUAGUGGGCUAUCUCAAGAUCUAGCUCUUUCAACCAUUGCUUGCUCUCACCGAGUUUCUGAUGGAGAACACUGCAACUCUGACUCCCAAAGCGAUGGAACCGCAACAAGUGCUUCACAUGGUAGGAGGAGAUGGAGAAACUAGCUAUGCUAACAACUCUCAGUUUCAGAGAACAGUGAUAUCCAAGGCAAAAUCCAUUAGAGACGAGACCAUACAAGAUCUGAUCUAUCAAAGCAGCAGCAGCAGCGACCUUCCCGAAUGCCUGAGAAUUGCUGAUUUGGGUUGCUCUUCUGGACCCAACUCCCUUGUGGUGAUCUCCGAUACAAUCGAUGCAAUCCAUGAGGCAUGCAAUAGGCUUCAUCAAACAUUGCCAGAAUUUCAAGUGUUCUUAAAUGAUCUUCCAGGAAAUGAUUUCACCUCCAUUUUUAAGUCUCUGCCAAGUUUCUAUGAAACACUACUCCAGAAAGAGAAAGGUAAGGAGGAGUACUAUGGGCGAUGUUUCAUCACAGUCAUGCCUGGGUCUUUCUAUGGGAGGCUUUUUCCAACUCAAAGUCUACACUUCGUUCACUCCUCUUUUAGUAUCCAUUGGCUCUCUCAGGUUCCUCCUGGGGUUAAGAGUGAAUCAGGUAAUGUACUAAACAAGGGGAACAUCUACAUUGGGAAGACAAGCCCUUCAAGUGUGAUAAACGCAUAUUCUCAACAAUUCCAGAAGGAUUUCUCAUCAUUUCUCAAGUUUCGUUCAGAAGAAUUAGUUCCUGGAGGGCGUAUGGUCAUAAUUACUCUGGGCCAUAGAAGUGAUCAGGAACCUUGGGAUGAUGGGAAUUGCAAAUGUUGGGAGUUGUUAUCAAUGGCACUCACUGACAUGGCCUUAGAGGGGCUUGUUGAGCAAUCAAAAGUGGAUUCAUUUGAUCUGCCCUUCUAUGCACCUUCAGCCCUUGAAAUAAAGGACUUAAUUUUGGCUGAAGGGUCAUUUAAGUUAAAUCAGAUUGAAACUUUUGAGAUAGAUGAAGAUGAUGAGAUAGAAAAGGGUGAUGAUGAUGAUGAUGACAGUGAUGGUAGGGAGUUUGAUAUAUUUGAAAUAGCCCAAAAUGUGUCCAGGACCACAAGAGCUGCAACAGAACCAAUGCUCAUGAGUCAUUUUGGAGAAGAGGCUAUAAUCAAUGAUCUGUUCCAAAGGUAUGCGAAGAAAGUUGUUGAACAUCUGGUGAAAGAGAAACUCAUUGAAACUUGUUUGAUUGUUUCCAUGACAAGAAUGGGAUGAAACUCAUUAUUCAGAGUUAGGGUGGUUCUGGGUUUUAGUUUUGAUAGACUUUCUUAUUUGUAGUUUUGUACAAUGGAAAAUGCUUAAACAUCACCAUGAUGUGUUUGCUUAUAAAGGGUGUAUCCCUCUAGGGCGCCCCCAUUCUGGCUC